GACUUCAAAAAGAUAUGAUUUUAUUUUUAUUUUAAAGGCAGCAUAUCGCGUUUAUUUUUGGAUACGAUAUCAGGUCUUCCCCGAGGACUGAAGAACUCUCGAGCAGACCAUAAACACGUUUUGUUUAUCUAGGGUUAUUUACACUGUAGUAACUGUAGACCGUUAGAAACCUAGGUUUAAGUAUAUUGGGCUUCCUAGAACAUUCGACAGAUUCGGUUGCCGUGGAAAAGGAAAUGAACAAUACGGAGCACCGUCUAACACAUCGUCACACAAGUUAAUUCUCGGGUAAUUUUAGAAUUCACUUGGGGUCCUGGCUUUUCCUCCUACAUCUUCCUUCCCCCAAAUGUAACGAAUCUGCGAAUCUGCGUCAGCGGGUCUAAGCGCUCCUUGACAUCAUUGCCCCCACGUGUUCUCUGCUGCCCAGCGGCGCGGCGCCCUCCUCACGCUGACCCUCGGAUCUCAGACCGCAUCGCAGCUCCUCAGCCCGGUACCGGAGUCGGAUGCGAGAGCCUGUGGCUAAGUAAGAAAUCCAGCCUCACUGAAGACAUUCAAGCAAAAGGCGGGGCACUUGCUUUUCCAGAGCAGAAAAGAAACUCAUGCAUCAGAAAAGGUGAUUAAUAAACAUACUGAAAGAAUAUGGCUGCACAGAUACCAGAAUCUGACCAGAUAAAACAGUUUAAGGAGUUCCUGGGAACCUACAACAGACUCACGGAAAGCUGCUUUCUGGACUGUGUCAAAGACUUCACCACGAGAGAGGUGAAACCUGAGGAGGAAUAUCAUAUUCAGCAGAAUGAAGCCCUGGCAGCCAAAGCAGGACUCCUGGGCCAGCCCCGGUAGAAAAGUGCCAAGGCACAGAUGUGCACUGAAAGAUUUCCAGCAGCUGCUGCGCUGGAAGUGAGGAUUCGUCUGGGAGAAUCCCCUGAAGCACAGCAGGAGUGGUGGUCAGCCAUCUGUCGUGACUACCUGACCAAUGGAAACCACCGAAGAAACCAAAAUCACUGUUCACCAGAAAGAAUCAAAACAGAAGGCCUUACUGUUGAGUGAAAUGGUAAGAUGAUGCAGUGUUGUUGAGCCUUAAGACUCAGCUGCGUGGUCACCUUGAUACAAAAAUAAACCAGUUUCUUUCUUUGUGACUGUUAAUUUUAAAAGCAAAACGUGUCCAAUCAUGUAUGAGAUAGAAAAAGUUUAUUACCAGAAGUAAAAUAAAUGAAAGUAUCACUGAGCGGUUGUUUUUACUGUACAGAACACACUAUUCUGUCUGGGCUGUGAUGCGUUGAGAUGCUUCAGUCAGGAUAAUCCUUCAAGUACUUCUGUUCAUACAUGUCUGCCUCAAGUUGCUGGUAGAUACAUAAACAGUUAACGUGCUAGUCAUUCCAAGGCAUGGCUACUCUUUUUUGCUGCUUUUGUCACAUUAGAUAGUGCACAUUUUAUCCUGGCUGCACUUUAAAGACCCUUAGGCAACAUCCCUUUUGAGGCUAGCUCAGAAAUGUUUAUGACUGUUAUGUUCUAAUACAGCCUUACAAUUUGUUUAAAAACGGAGUCCAGGCUAGUGAGGGACUAGUCCAGGCUCCGCAACUAAAGGCAUUGGUACCAAGCCUGACAGCCUGAGUCCUAUCAGCAGCAACCACGUGGUGCAAGGAGAACUGAUUACCCAGUUAGCUCCUGCCCUCACCCAUAUGCCAUGAUGCCUGUGUGCGUGCACACACACACCCCAACAUGAAUAGUUUGAGUGUAAAUAAUAACAUGCAGCUAAUGUGACCAAUUGAGUAAAAUGAAUCAGAGUUGAAUUUGUAUCUUAUGGCUAAUAAAUUCUGAAGCAGAUUUAACAUUUGCAGAAAAUUCUAACGAGUAAGUCUAAGUACUUUGUUUUUGUUUAUUUUUACCCAAACUGGCAAAAGGAAGAGCUUCUAAAUGGACUUUAUCUGCUACCAAUCUAAAGUCACAUAGCAGUGCACUGUUAGCCCUGUGUGAUAGGUUUACAAAGGUAUUUCUCUGUUUUGUCAGCAUUAGUGACAAAUACCAUUCUGCUUUAAAAUUGAAAUGUUGAAACACAUACAAAGAACAUAAUUCGCUAUAAUAGAACACGGAAAAUAAGCUAGUCUUACCUUAAUGAAAGUAGAACCAGAACUAGAUAUUACUUAGAACCUUGGAGUCCACAACCAUAGUCAUUAUUUCUCUGUAAUCAAGUU